AUGGCGCGCUGGGCUGUGAAACCAUCAAUAGCCUCCAAACGACUGACUCAAUAUUUGGAUCCCAUUCUCAUGACCAGGCAAAUGUCUGGUUGGAAACUAACCCGGUAUAAAAAGAGUCUCACCCAGCUGGCUCUCUGUAUCGCUGCUUGUGGACUCCCCUCACUACCAGGGAAACCAGCCGACGCACUGAAAAUGUCUAAGACGGGCGCCAAGAUCACCUUCUACGAAGACAAGACCUUCCAGGGCCGUCGCUAUGAGUGUGACUGCGACAGCGCGGAUUUCCACACCUACCUGAGCCGCUGCAACUCCAUCCGGGUGGACGGGGGCACUUGGGUGGUCUACGAGAGGCCCAACUUCUCCGGGGCUAUGUAUGUUCUGACGCGGGGGGACUACCCGGAUUACCAGCGCUGGAUGGGGCUCAAUGACCGCCUCGGCUCCUGCAAAGCCAUCCACCUGUCGAGCGGAGGGCGGUACAAGAUCCAGAUCUUCGAGAAGGGCGACUUCGGCGGCCAGAUGUUCGAGGCCACGGAGGACUGCCCCUCCGUCCUGGAGCAGUUUCACCUCCGCGAGGUCCACUCCUGCAAGGUGCCCGAGGGGGUCUGGGUGCUCUACGAGCAACCCAACUACCGCGGCCGCCAGUACCUCCUGGACAAGGAGGAUUAUCGAAAACCCGUCGACUGGGCCGCCGCCGGCCCCGCCGUCCAGUCCUUCCGCCGCGUCGUGGAGUGA